AUGGGUCUCGUAAGGACACUUAGUCGUAAUCCAUCUGUUCAGUUCUUUCAGUCAACCUACAGGAAAACUAUAGGCCACCGACUGCGGGAUGCUAUAAGCACGCUAACGCAUUAUUUGCAUCCUAUUAUCAAAUAUUUGAUUCCAAAUUUUAUUGUGGCCCAUUACUGUUACAUUAUAUCUUUGACCAUAAUUUGUUCAAUUCUGAUCUAUCCGGUUAAAAACUGGAAAUACAUCGAUGUGUUAUUUCUUUCUGCAGGUGCCACGACGCAAGGUGGGUUGAAUACCGUUGACCUUAACAGUUUGGUCUUAUAUCAACAGGUGGUAGUUUAUAUAAUAUGCAUGAUUUCAACGCCAAUUUGGAUUCAUGGUGCAUUGGUAUUUGUUCGGUUGUUUUGGUUUGAGAGGUAUUUCGAUGGUAUUAGGAUUUGGUCUAAGAAGAACUUUGAGAUGAGGAGAACCAGGACUUUAGUGGCUAGAGAAAUGUCUAGAACGAUGUCUUCGGGAAAGGGUAGAAAGAACCCCGAAAGUGGCCGUAGAUUAAGCUUUAGAACAUCUACUGGUGUGUCAGAUUUCCAGAGCAAACUCUUUAGUGGUAAGUUAUUCACUCGUGAUGGGGACGUGAAUUCCGAUGUGAAUGGAAAUAAACACAGGAAUAGUGGUACAUAUCAAAAUGGUGAAGGAUCAAACCAUCAAUCACCACUUUCUAAAGGGAAAUCAGAAUUGCCUAGCAACUUUAGUUCCGGCUCAAGUUCUAACAUGACUGAAGAGCAUGUUAGAGGAGAAAAUGCUGACACUAAAGAUAAUGUUACGAAGUCCAAAAAAGGGUUUGUAGCGAGAAGGGGAUCCAGGGAUAUAAACCCUGCUGACAUGUACCGUUCUAUUUCAAUUCUACAAAAACAACACCAGCAGGAGGUUGAGGAUGAUGGACCAGCAUUGAUUAUCAAAGGGCCGAUUGAAAGGUUGAAUGAAUUAGAAGAAGAAUCUGAAACAGAAAAAAAUAGAGAUACGUCCAAAAAAUACACUGGCGGUGUAGGGAAGAGUGCGCUUGAUUCAUAUAAUAUAACAAACUCACUUCAGGAAAAGAGUCAUGGUUUAGUUGAAGAACGUUAUUCUCCAACAUCAAAAAUAUCGUAUAACUCGGUUGAUUUGCCUUCUACGGACCCAAAAAAUAAACAAAAUGCCUCUUUGAGGGACAGUUUGGAUGGAGAAGAAGGGAUUCCAGAUCACUUUAGUACUAUAUCUCGCGGAACAAGAAUAUCUGAGUCUGGUACGAACGCUAAUAAUGCUCCUGGAUUGUCAAUCCAAUUUGAUAUUAGGAACUUACCAAGACCUUCGAUGAAAAAAUCCCUUCAACGAGUAGAUUCGAACAAUACGGCGCUUAAUGAUUCACUAACGUCGAAGAAGAUCCGGCGACCUAGCUUAUUCCGUAAGUUCUCAACCCCAGGUUUAUUGCGUGAUCGAUUACAUGGAUCUUCAACAACGAGCGCUGCCGACGAAGAAGAUGGGAAUGAUGCGGACUUAGAAUUUACAGACGAUGAAGAAGCUCUACAGAGUACAACUGAUUCUGACUAUACUUUAAAACCUCGAGUGAUAGAUAGCGCAGCUGAUCAACAUGCCAGCUUUUUAGAACAGAUGGACAGUUCUAAAAAACAUAGGCCAAAUGUGGUGGGUGAUUCUGGUAGAAAGCCUUCUGGUACGAUGCACCAACGAAAGUUACAGGCAUCACACAGUUUUAGUAAAAUGGCAGGUAAUCGUUUACCACAAGUUCCCUCUUUAAAAAAAAGGAGAACGCAAAGUGCCACUACGAUGAUGUCACAUACGGAUACUCUUAACAGUAUUGAUUCACAUUCUAACUUUUAUGACGAAGAAGUGGGAUAUUCAGAUCUAGAAGAACCAGCUUUGAAUUCCGUAAUGAGUUCCAACUAUCUGUCAUAUGCGCCCAAUGUAGGGAGAAAUUCUAUCUUUGUAGGAUUGACUGAUACUCAAAAAAUUGAAUUAGGCGGUGUAGAAUACCGAGCGACAAAGUUGUUGUGCAAGAUAUUGACGGUAUAUUACUUUGGUUUUCACAUUAUAGCCGUUGUACUGUUGUUACCAUGGAUUAAUUCUACCAAGAAAUACAAAGAAAUUGUAAAAAGUAAUGGUAUAUCUCCUACCUGGUGGGCAUUUUUCACUUCUUUGAGUAGUUUCAAUGAUUUAGGUUUAACUUUGACUGCAGAUUCGAUGGCUUCAUUUAAUGCCGCUGCUUACCCAUUGAUUGUCAUGAUAUGGUUCAUAAUUAUUGGAAAUACUGGGUUUCCAAUUUUGCUGAGGUUUAUAAUUUGGAUUAUGUUCAAACUUACACCUGAUUUAUCUUUAAUGAAGGAGAAUCUGGGAUUUUUACUUGAUCAUCCUCGUCGUUGCUUCACCCUAUUGUUUCCCAGUGCAGCUACUUGGUGGUUGUUUUUGAUUCUCAUCCUCAUGAAUGGCCUUGAUCUUAUAUUGUUUGUUAUACAUGAUUUGAACUCUACUGUUCUAAAUGGAUUGCAUCCAGGGUACAAAGUUCUUGAUGGCCUUUUCCAAGCAGUUUGCACCAGAACCGCCGGGUUCAGCGUUGCGGACCUAGGUAAGUUGCACCCAUCUGUUCAAGUUUCAUAUAUGUUGAUGAUGUACGUUUCAGUGAUGCCCUUAGCCAUCUCUAUUAGGAGAACAAACGUGUACGAAGAGCAAUCAUUAGGAAUAUACGGUGACAUGAUACCGGUUAUUGCUGAAAAUUAUUCUAAAAGCACUUCGGAAUCUUCCUCAAGUUCUACCACUGAAAGCGAGCCAAAAACUCCCGAGAAGGAAACAAUGUCGUUUGUUAGUGACCACUUGAGGAAACAAUUGUCGCACGAUCUUUGGUAUAUGUUUCUAGGGUUAUUUAUAAUAUGCAUUGCCGAGGGUAGCAAAAUUCAGGACAGAUCAAAGCCUGACUUCACUAUCUUCCAAGUACUCUUUGAAGUAGUAAGUGCAUACGGCACAGUCGGAUUAUCAUUGGGUUAUCCUGGAACCAACCAAUCCUUUAGCGCCCAGUUUUCUGCCCUAUCGAAACUGGUUAUUAUAGCCAUGCUGAUCAGAGGCAGACAUAGAGGCUUACCAUAUUUGGUGGAUCGUGCUAUUAUGCUUCCAAGUGACAAAUUAAAACGAAUCGACCUCCUUGAAGAUUUAAAGUUGCAAAGAACUAUGACCACCAUAAACAGCAACAAAGAUCCCCUUUUACAAUAUUGGAAAAGGAGAACAAGAUCUAUUUCUCAUGGCAUUUUCAAUGCCAUCAACCGCUCUAAAUCUCAUACUUGCCAAUCUAAUCAAGAUGUUAGUCAUUACAAAGAAGCAAUCUCUCUGGAUACCAUUCCAAGUGCCAGCUCUUCCACGACAAACUUUCACAGCAAAGCUACUACUAAUCUAAGAAAUGACAGCAUGGCUGGUGGGGGUAUUCUUCGUAGAACCUCUUCCGAAACUUACAGUCCGGGGAUAUUUUGUGAAAACGAUAACCGCCCUCAUGCAAUAGAUGAUACCCGCGCCAACCCAGAAGAUUUGGUCAAUCGUCACGAUAACACUACAGGAGCAUCAGACUAA